UACAACUUUCCCAUACUCCAGGAAACACUAAAUCUCACCUCCCGACCAAAAAUAAAUAUAGAAAAAAAUAAAUUUUUUUUUUUAAUUUCGUUUUUGUCAGUCCACGAUCUCUGUCUUGUCCUUGUGCAUGCCUUUGUAAUUGCAUUUCUCUGAACAAUUGCUCAGCCUUUUUUUUUUUGUCUGUUUUUCUUCCAUGGCCAAAGCUAAAGCACCAAGGAGAACUCUAGACUCUUAUACAGUCAAACACAUCAACAAAACAAUUAAAGCGGAGGACUGCGUGUUGAUGCGACCAGCGGAUCAAUCAAAGCCACAAUACGUGGCGAGAAUCGAGCGGAUCGAGGCGGACGCACGAGGGGGAAACGUGAAGGUGCACGUGAGGUGGUAUUACAGGCCGGAGGAGUCGAUCGGAGGGAGGAGACAGUUCCACGGAUCUAAAGAGGUUUUCUUGUCUGAUCAUUACGAUGUCCAAAGCGCUGAUACCAUCGAAGGAAAGUGUACGGUCCAUAGCUUCACAAGCUAUACCAAGCUUGACGCCGUUGGAAACGACGACUUCUUCUGUCGUUUCGAAUACAAUUCCUCCACUGGUGCUUUCAACCCCGAUCGCGUCGCCGUUUAUUGCAAAUGUGAGAUGCCUUACAAUCCUGAUGACUUAAUGGUUCAGUGCGAAGGUUGCAGUGACUGGUUUCAUCCUGCUUGUAUAGAAAUGACUGCAGAGGAGGCUAAAAGACUUGACCAUUUCUUUUGUGAAAGUUGUUCAUCUGAAGGUCAAAAGAAGUUGCAGAAUUCCCAUGCCGCCUCCAGACACUCAGAUACAAAGGAUCAUUUGGCCUUCGGGAUGAAUUUAGGUCAAAAUGGUGGAUACGAAACGACGACGUAGGUGACAAAAAGUACAUAAACCUAGUGUUUUAGUUAAGGGACUGAAGUUAUUAUCGUUUUCAACCAUGCAUCCAAAUCUCUAGCCUUGUGAGUUCAUGAUGGUUGAGCUGACUGUAACUGGUCUAAAAUCCUUAUGUCUUGUUUAUGUGGUUUGAGGCUCACUCAGUGGAAGUCAACAAUGUGUUUGGUUGGAUGUAAUCUCAUGAUGUAGCCAUAUAGGUUCCCCACCCCUCUCUCUUUCUCUCUUUCUCCCUGUGGUAUAUAAAUUAGAGUUGUCUAUAAUCAAAAUCUGUUUUUAGCUUAUAAAAGUGCCUUAGAUUCCUGGGUUUUAUCAUGUGUCUUCGUUCAAAACUUGGCAAACUGAAUGACCUUAUUGUUAUCUUUGCGAAGUUUGGCAGUGCAAUUUCCAUUAUGCUAAAUUACUAUCAAGGAUUUAUUAAAAAGGAAACCCUUUA